UAACUGCUGCAUAAGAAGUCGCGCCUGCUCUGUAGCUGUCAAGUUGGUCAGCUGUUCUUAGGAUUUCCGGGGGAGAGCGAUGAUGGCCUAAUACUUGCGUUAUCAGCAGAGGUGAACGUGAUCCAAGCGGCUUUUUUAAAGAAGGAGAAAUGGGUUAGAAGGCUGUGCCAACUCAAAUUUGUAAACAAAUGCGGCGGGGACAUCGUAUCUGCAAGCAAACAUCACCUUCAUUAGAGUAGGCUGUACCUGCUUCUACCGGUAGCCUGGCCUAUCAAGUGCAGCGAGCCUGGCCUGCCAAGAGAUGAGAGCUAGUAGUUUAUCUCCAAUGAUAAAAUUAUAAUCUUCUGCCUAGCCUUUGGUGCAUGUGGACACGUGGUCUGUUUCCUAAGACAGAUAAGGCCAAGCACUAGUUAACUACAAGAAGUCUGCCAUUUCUGAAGCUCUGGCCCAGCCGCCUAACUACCCUAUUUCUAAGCUAGGUAAUAAACAGGUGAUGGUGAAGUCCCCUCUAGCAGCUGUGCUUACUAUAAUAAGGAUGCUUAGGAUAGGUCAAGUCAUAGUAGACGGCUACAGUGCUUAGUGUUACCCCUGAGAUGCAGAUGCUGCAUUUUAUAACUCUCCAAACAAAAUGACGGCUACUACAAAUGAAACGGGCAGUGGUUUCCUCAGAACACGUCUCCGAUCUGCCCUUCACACCUCCAAUGAUUUGCUCUCUGGGAUUUCUUCAAACAUAUCUUCCAGGCUGUCUGUCUUUUCAGUAGCUUCAGCAAAUUCAAAUGCUUCCUCAGAACGCACACCUCCACAGCCUGAGAAACCACCUAGUACCCCUCCUUUACAGUUGCCCCCAAGCCCUGAAGAAAGUCAUCGGUCUCCUACUAUGAAAGAAAUGAUUAAGGAAACUUUCAAGCUCGAGAACCUGAAGGAGUUUCGACCAACAUUAGAGGAACUGAUGCAGUCUGAAUCAUCAUCUGAACCUUCUACUCUUCCUACGAACACUCCAGAGUCACCAAAGACUGGCUUUAAAUAUCAUUUCAAAAAUCACUUCAAUCAAGCAAUCCCAAAAAAACUUGUAGACUAUAAGGUAAAGUGAUCAUAGUUUUGUAUCAUUUCUGUCUUUGUACUCAAAGUAU